CGAAUUAAGCAAUGUGAUCACAUGAGAAGUAUUAAUAUGCCUAUUGAGAUCUCUUACGCAUAAUCAGCUGUCUUUGCAGAUUUUUUAGCUAAUUUGAAGGUGCACUUCAUCAUCAUGGCCUUGGGUUGAAUCAAGUUAUGACCAAUGAGAUGGGGAAUCAAAAUACAAAUGGUUUUCUAGCUUCAGAGCGAGAAAACAAUGAGUCUGCUUAUCUUACAAGUCAAUCUUCUCUCAAUGCUUCAUCUAUGUCGAAUGAAUUAGAUGGACUGAAGAGUCUUACUGGUUCCCUUAGUCAUAGUUCUCCAAAUUUGGAUAAACCUGAGAGCCCAAAACUUGCUAAUCGUGGAUAUCUGGAACCUACGGUUGAGACAACUCAGUCCAUUUCAUCAGGAGAAAAUGAAGAGGAAGAACACAGUCAGAAGGUUGUUACCGAUGAACCUUUGAAAUCUUCCGUUGUGCAAAAUGAUGUACUUAACGAGGGUCCGUCAAUUCUUUCAAGAGAAAAUGAGGCUUACGAGAAACAAGAUGCCAAUAUGGUACCUGCCGAUGAAGAUUUAGAUUCAAAAAUUAUGUCAAAUGAACAUCAUGCUGGUUUUGCUAGGAAUGAAUCCUCAGAAGUAGAUGGCAGUCUUAUCAUAAGGGAAACAUCAGAAACAACAGAGGAAGAGAACAAUGAGGCUCCUGAAAUCAUUAAGGAACAUCCAAAAGCUUUUUCUACCUCGAGUUGUGUAGACGACCUGAAAUAUUCAACUCAUUCUCUUCCAUAUGAUCAUCAGGCUUCAGAAGAACAUAAAGCUGAGAAAUCAGAUACUGGUGAAUGUUUCAAACAUGUGGGUUUCUCAAAUGAUACAGGGCUAACUUUGCCAACAGAAUUUGAGGCUGUUCAUAAGCAGACUCCUUCAGAAGACAAUGAGUCAUUAGAAAAAGAUGACGUCCUUAUUCAUAACCAAACACAUGAAGCAAGAGUGGAAGAAAAGACAAAUACUUUGGCUCAAGAAUCAACAGAGGAAGCCGAUGAGUUUGUAGAUAGUAUAGUAGAGAGGCAGAAUCAAAGUCUUCCAGCAAACAUCAACCAAGAAAACAAGAUAGACGAUUUACCAGUUGAAGGCAGCAACUCAAUAGGAGACAUGGUACCGGUGAUUAAUAGUAUCCAAGUAAUUGAAGAUCAUAUUGACCAAGAUAGAGAACGAAAAUGUGAAGAGUUAGAAGCAGGCCAAUCUGUUGCUUAUUUAGAUGCUGUUGACUCGGAAAUUGAGAAAUUAAUUAUGGAAGACUUUGCAAAUGGAGACAAAGAAGCUUCUACCGCCGAAUCAAACAAACUAUUAGAAGAACUAAAGAUGGAUGAUAUUGACACAGAUAGUUUUGAAAUACAACUUAAUGCCGUUGAGCCUAAGGGAGAAGAAAAGGAUGAUGGAAACGAUGCUAGACUCGAAGAGGCAGUAUUUGAGAUAUCUCUUCAAACUGAUUACACUUCAAAUUUGAUGCCUGAAAUUUUGAGUAAGAAUAUAGAGGUAGAGACAGCGCCGGUGAUAGAAUCUGCAAUAGUAUCAGAUAUUUCUGUCGCAGAUAACAAACAUGAAGAGGCAACCGAAUAUGAAGAACUUGGUGAUCAGAAGAAAGAGCAAAUUUUCCAAACAACUCCGACAGAAAUAAUCAGACCUGCUUCAGCUCAAUACCUUGAAGAGUUUGAGAAUAAAUGCAUUCUGAAUGAAAAUGAAACACCAAAAACCAAUGAAUUCUCGAUCGUCAACAAUAAUAAUGCACUUCUCGCUGAGGCUAAAUCAGAAACCAAGAUACAGUUGCAAGAAAAGAUUACCAAGAACAAUGAAGAAGUCAGUAGAGAAUUGAGCCAAGAAAAACCCUUUGAGACUGAGGUCACUGAAACUGAAAAAGUGAAAUGUCUCAUUUACACAUCAGAAAGAAGUAAUCUUGAUGCCGAUGAAAGCUCGCCAAACUACGUCAGGGACCAAAUUCCUUCUAUGGGUCAAGAGAAAGCCACUAAAGGUGAAGUUUUUACCUCUGAAACUUCUGAUACUGAAGAAAUUGUCAGGGAAUAUCUUGUCAGUACAAACCAAGAAUCUGAUAAAAGCCCAUUACUUGAUAGAAAGCCAGAGGAGAGUGAAGACUUUGGGAAUCUGAGAACACAAUUAGGAAACAUUAUGAAAGAGGAACCUGCAUUGAAGAAUGAUGGCAGUCUUUUUUCGAAGAGAACUGUUGAAGCCAAGAAAUCAAUGGCUUCUUUAGACAAGGCCAGAGAGAAACAGAAGAGAAAAUCUUCUCUCUUUCACAAUUUUAUGUGUUGCACAACAGCCAUAAAUUGACGGUUAAAUUUUGCUUGGCCUCUCUUUAUGUUGCUUUUUCCUGUAUGUUUACAGUUUUGAAACUUGUUGAGUGGAUGUGAAGAGCGUGAAAAAGAUUGAGAAAUAUCUUGAUUGUAUUUGCAAAGUUUGAAUGCCCUUGCUAUAAUGUGAUUCCAUAAUUUAUAAAUUAUAUAUUUUUUUUA